UUCUUCACUGCGAUAAAAUAUGUACGCGAGUGUGUUUACGUUGCUGCGUAUUUAGUGUUUUAUUUCUCCAUUUAAGACUAAGAUAUUGGAAUCUCAUUUUGUAUGGCAUCAUGCGUAUCAAAUGUCGCGUCGAUACUUAAUUCGAUUAGAGUACCUCUUUCAAUAGUAAAUUUAACCGUGAUCGUUAGAAUAUUUACGUCUAUCACGAUUAGCAACAAGAAGCAGUUUGGUUGAAAACGCAGUUGUCAUUUUUAAUCAAUCUCUCUCUGUUUGGAAGAUAUAAUAUUCCAUGAGUGUUCUUCAAUCAAACUGUUAAAAUGGAAGAAGAGCAGUCCUUUCAACCAAUCUUGAGUUCUCAAGAAGAGGACACUUUUCAGCAGUUGAACACUGUGCCAAUCGUAUCUAUACCACUUUUGCUUGGAGUUUCAUUGGAAAUUGCUGGGAUUGUGUUUGUGUCUGUCUGGCCAGAAGAGCAAAACAAAUGUGACACAUAUUUUACAUACUUAUACUUACAUUGUGCCUAUUGGCUGAUAGUCAUGGUGACGGAUCAUGUUGUCAAGAUGAGGCAUCAUAAAUUGCGUAUCAAUGGAUACUUAGAUUUCUAUCAAAUAACAUAUCGACUUAUAAGAACGCCCCUUUUUAUCACAUCAUUGUGGAACACAUGUUAUUUGCUAUUAGCUGUGAUUCUACAUCACACGCACAAAACCGAUUAUGAGCGAUACUGUAGAACGUCGGAAUGGUUCACGCCGCUUAACUAUAUUUUUCUUUUAACUAGUUUGGAAAUUAUGAUAAUUGUGCCAGCUUAUAUUAAUUAUAUCAAGAAAGUUAUGAGAUUCAAUCAGUUACGUCCAUUGCCCGAUGUUACUCACGACGAAUGGCUGUCAUCCUUUACACAAGAUUCCUACGCCGGAAUGGGAGAAGUCGGUUAUCAUCAAAGGGGAACAAAUUUGGAAGAAUUAUUGGAAAAACAGGCAGACUUCAUAAGAUAUUUGAGGGAUCACAAUGUAAAACUAAGUCACAGAAUAAUGCUAUUAGCAUCUCAACAUAGAGCAAUGGAACCAUAAGAUAAGAAAAGUUGUGAUUGCAUAUCACUCUUGUGAUGCGAUAAAUGAGAGUCAUAAUUAUUUAUAAUCAUGAUAUAAUAUAUUGAUCAAUUGUAAAGCCUCGCCAAAAAAUUUUAUUUUUUAACGUGAUAUAUAAUGUGUCCUUUGAUGAAAUUGUAUAGAUCGAUAUAGAUAUAAUGAAUGUAUCUCCUAUCUUAUUUAUAUUUUUUUAAAAUUCUCUUGCAUAUGUUGUGUAUCUAUUUCCUUUUAAUUAUUUACAAGUUCUAGUUACAAGUUAUUUCCAUUUUGCAUUAUAUAUCAAACAUAUCUUGAUCUGUUAUAAGGAGAAUGUGUUACUUUCUUUUAUAUUUUUACGCAUAUACUUUUUUUAAUGGGAUUAUAUAUCUCUAUUCAUAGAUGUAAAUAAUAGAUUCGAGAUAAUAUACUGAAAAAAGAUACUUCAUAUAACAUAUACCAUAUAUAACGCGUUGUUCACAUAUUAUUGUGCUGUAGUUUAUAAUAAUAUACUAAAAUAUAUUCUUUUUAAAAUGAUGUCACGUUUGCUAACAUAUCAAUAACAAAGUUUUACGCGUUCGAGACAAAACCGAAAAAAAAAAUUGCUGUAAAAGAAUACAAAUAUAUCCAUUGUCAACUCAAUAAAAUAUAUAUAUUUUUUCCAGUA